AUAGAUGUAUAUUUUAAUUGAGUUUGCUGACAGUUCUAUAGCCGUAGCUUUACAUUCGUGGCUAGAGUCGGAUGAAGCUGACCAAAACGGCUUCCACAUGGUUGCAUUUCCCGAUUUUAAGUAUACAAAAACACGAUAUAUGCUGAAGAAUAAAUUGCCAGCACUAACUACAUGGGAAACUGUUCCAUGCAAAGUUUUAUACAAACAUGAAUCUCUCAAAAAUAUUUAUAAACACUGCAAAAAAUACUCAGAGACUGGAAAAUUACUUUCGACGGACUAUGAAAAUAGACGAACUCACAGACGACCUCUGUACCUAUCGGACGAGGAAUACGAAACAAAUGACAAAAAAAAGUCAAAACUGACUCACAAAGAAAACGAAGUUGACUUAGCAUCACCACCAACUCCACCAACAACACUGAAUACGCAACUUCUUCAUUUAUUUCCAACUGCACCAUCACCAUUAUAUUCAGCACCUUCACAACCUUCUUCUUUGUUUUUAUCUCAAAGUCCACCUCGUCCAACACUGCCAGUAAUUGAAACUUCAUCCGAAUAUUUUGGAUUAUCUGCAUCAGUUCAUACUUGCUUUAAAGCUCGACAAAAGACUCCAAGCUCGAAGGAAAAUGAAAUUGAGAAAUCCGAUUUCCCAAUUUCAAAUACAGCUAUGCGUUGUAAGUUUUUAUGA